GGCAACUGGAUCUAUGCAGUCCAGCUCACUCAAGGGAAUCGAUGCAAACAGUAGGACCAUUGGAGAAGGUAAAACUGUGGCAGGCAUCACUCAUAGACUCAAUUCCUGUGCCAGGAGAGUACCAGUCUCCACCAAGCACUAGUGCACCUCCAUCCAUCCUUUCAGUCAACUCCAGUGAGCCUUUUGAUGCAGUAGAAGAUCUAAAUGAUCAUCUCUCUAACCUGAAGCUACGUGUCGUUAACCAUGACAGCAGUGGUUCGACAAAUCACAAUCCAGAAGCUGGUGGAUUUGUUGAUCCCCCUGACACCCAGUGCAUUGCUGACAUGGGUCGUUGUGUGGAUGCUGACAGUAGUUUGCCCAUAAAUUCCCCAGAACGGCCAGAGACAGAGGGUGACUUGCCCAAGAGUCCCUGGAGAAGUAGCAGUGCUACUCCACGCAUGCAUUUGCACCAGGCUGUAAAGGCCAGGGAUCUUGAUAGUGGAUGCCCAGGGUCAGAGAGGAGUACAAGGAUGAGUCACAAUGCCAGCUUUGAGCAUCCUGAUCAGGGUUCAAAUUUCCAUCCAAGUUUGGAAGCUGCUAGAGAUAGUGUCAAUGAACCAGAGGAGAGGGAAAAGUCACAUGUUACAGAGAGUCAGUGCUUUAGUGGUUUUGAGAAGAAAAGUAUGGGAGUGGAAAGUAUUCCCCAAGAAAAAGGCUAUCUGGACAGAACUCUAAAACACCCUACAGAAGGACAACCUUUGAAUGAAAGGUUACAGAGAGAUGUCAGCAUGGAGAGUCGUGUGCAUUCAGGAUGCAGUAAGAGCAGCAGGAAUAGCUCAAAGAACAAGAAGGACACUCAAUACAGCCUGCUGGGAUUGCAAGAUGCUCAAGAGCAGGACUUUAAAGAAAACUUGAACAAGAGCAACACACAGAGACUGUUGGAAGACAGGGAUAUUUCUGAAACAAGUGGAGACGAGUCAAAUGACUAUAACAGGAGCCGUAAAAGGGAUCCCAAGCGAAGUACAAGGACACGGAAGAGGAGCAAGUCAAGAAGGUCAUUGGAGAGGAGCAAGCCAGGUUGUGUAAAGAGCACAUAUGGAGUAUGUAAUGAAACAAGGUCCAAUACACCGGGGAGUCAGAUGCAAGAGGUUACUAAUAAGCUUCACAUGUCACUUGAUAAGAUUGAUACCAUAAACCAAAACCUCAGGAAGUACAGGUCAAAAUAUAUCAGUGGUUAUGCAUCUGACCUGUCUGAGGCAUCCACAAGUAUGCAUAGCUCACAUUCUGAUAUAUACAGUAAUAUUUCAAAAUUGAAGAGAGAUUUCAAGAUUCUGCAGUCACAGAUGCUAAACCUGAAGAGUGAAGUCUUCCAUGAAAAGAAGAGUAUGGUUAAAGAGUCAUCCAGAUCUCAUAAUGCCGUGAGAGGAAGGAAAAGUGAGCCAAUGAGGGCAUUAGAUUUCUCAAGACACUUAGAUGAAGACACUCAUCUUGGAGUUGAUUCAUCCAUGGAUGUGUCGCAUUCUGAAACUACUCGUCUGUAUCAACGUUUGAUGACUCCAGAAUGGAACAGCUGCCCAAGAGCACACCAAAAGAUAGGCUGA